UUUACAUUUUUUAUAAUUGACAUUUGCAGCGUGAAAUGGAACGUAAAAGGUAAAUAGUUACGUAAAAAUGCACACUAGAGGUCGCUAUAGUGCAUCAACACCUCGAAGCAGCGACGUCAACGGUGCGAAUAUUUUUUUGUUUUCUAAGUGAAAAAUGUUGUUUUCUAGCCUUUUAUAAGUUAAAUUACUUUUUACAAAGUUACUAUAAGUGUAUAUCUUCAAUUAAGUGUUAUUUUUUUCUUUAGAAAGUUGAAAGUUUAGUGUUUGAAGUUGUAACGAACUCUGGGAUCGCUCACUUUUGGGAAUUCAGGUGUCAACGAGGAUGAUAUUCACCUCAUAUUCGGCGCCGUUUAGCUAAGAUUAAGAUAAAUUAUUUCACCACCGUCCUGUCAGAAAAGAUAUCACAAUGCAGCGGCAUUAAGCUGCAAUACAGGUGGUAUCUCGCCAUGCAGCGCGCGGGUGGGAGCAGGGCCUGUGCGCCAUGAGCCACACUCCUAUAGGCGGCCACCCGCAAGGUUGGGAUCACAAGCUUGCUGACCGGUCGUCGCUGCCGCCGGCCUCUGGCGAGGAGAGGAAGACCCACUCCAAACAUGUCUUCGCACACCCACAUAUGUCCAAAAUGGGAGCGUCCGGAGCCCUGCGCUCGGAGACGGAGGGCUCGUCGGGCAGCUCCGGGCAGUCGGCGCGCUCGCUCGCCUCGCCGCCCUACAUGCGCUGGGCGCGCUCCCUGCACGACCUGCUCGAGGAUGCAGAGGGCGUGCGGCUGUUCCGCAAGUUCGUCGGCGGCGCCGGCGCCCUGCACGUGGACCGGCUCAACUUCCACUUCGCCGUGCAGGGCCUGCGCCAGGAGACGGAGCAGACCAAGAUCCGCCAGGUCGUCUCCGCCAUAUACAAGUUCCUCCGCAAGUCGGCGCUGGCGAUGCCGGAGGAGCUGAAGGCGCGCGUGAAGGCGGCGCUGCGCGACGGCGCGCCGCUAGAGAAGACCGUCUUCGACCGCAUGGAGCAGGAGGUGACGCGAGCUAUAACGGAGUCAACGUACCAAGCGUUCCUGCUGAGCGAGGCGUACGUGUCGUACGUGUCGGCCGCCACGCAGCCGCUCUCCUCGCCCGACGCCUCGCCGCCCCAGCCCAGAGAGGUGAGCUUGGGGCUGGCCACGCUGCACGAGGGGCAGGAGCUGGGCGCUGGGAGCGCGGCGGCGCCGGCGCGGCUCACGCACGACGCGCUGCUCGCCACGCAGGCGCGCCGCCUGCACCACGACCACGCGCCUAAGCACCGCACGAAGUCGGUAUAUAGCGCGCACGUCACCUACGCGGGAUACACGCCAGCGUCGAGGCAGGACUCCGAGCGAGCUAGCCUGAGCAGCGGACGGACGGACAGUGAUGUCGUCUCGCUCUCCGGGAGCAGCGUGGAUGGCCUGUCCGUGCGAGGCACGCGCGAGCGGACGCGGCGGCCGCGGCUGCCCGGCCUCGACCGGAACGCUGUCAUUAACAAGGAACAGGAUACGGCUAUGGUGAUCCCGCGAACACAGCGGAUGUCGGCGGAGGCGCUGCGAGUGUUGCCGCCGGCCGAGUUCGCUCCUCUCCUCAUCGAGAAACUGGAGCGCGUGCAGCGCGACCAGGUGAUGAAGGAGCGCCUCGAGCGACGCCUGCAGGAGGGUGACGGCGAGGAUGCGUCGACGCAAGCGCUGCCUCCACAGCUUGUAGCCGCCGCCAUUCGCGAGAAGUUGCAGCUGGACGACGAUAACGACCAGGAUAUCCUCGACCAGCACGUGUCGCGCGUGUGGUCGGAGCGCACGCCGGGCGCGUCGCCGCCGGGGGGGCGCCGCGCGCGCCGCCCGCCGCACGCGCAUGCGCACCCGCGCCGCGCGCCCUCCGCGCUCUCCGCCGACUCCGGACACUGCGACGCCAGCGACCGCGCGCACCCGCCCCCGAGCCACUCCAGUUCCCUCCGCAGAUCAUUUUCGAAGAAGACGGUGACGGAGUUGACGGACAGCGGCGUGUCGGUGGUGAGCGACGGCGCCAGCGCGGGCGGGCGCGUGCUGCAGUGGAUGGCGGAGGGCGAGCGCAGCCGCCGCGACAACCCGCGCUCGCGCGCCUCCUCCGCCGACCGCGACGAGCCGCGCCGCCGCAACCAUCCCGCGCAGAAGCCGCGGGGAAGCGGCAGCGGCCGCACCGGCACGGGCGGCAGCGGCAGCGGCAGCGGGUGCGGCGAGCACACGGUGGUGGUGGUGUCGUUCCUGGACGAGGCGGUGCCGUACCGGUUCAAGGUGCCGCAGGUGCCGCUCACGCUGCGCACCUUCAAGGACUUCCUGCCGAGGAGGGGCAACUACAGAUACUUCUUCAAAACGGAGUGCGCGGAUCUGGACAACACCGUGAUCCAGGAGGAGGUGAGCAACGACGCCGACACGCUGCCCAUGUUCGACGGCAAGGUCAUGGCGCGCGUUAAGCCCGUCGAGUGAGCCCUGCACGCCUCGCUCAACGUGCACGCCUCGCUCAGCGUGCACGCUUCGUUCGACGUGCACGCUUCGCACGAGUGUUCUGUGCUACGGGGUUUGGACUGCAAACGGUCAGAUCUGGAUUGUGAUCAGUUGCCAUAUUGCGUGCUAACUCUUAUUUUAAACUGUUGACAAUUUUAAGGAAUGAUUUCAUUGAGUAUUACCUCGCAUAAGUAAAAAAAAAUAGUGGGAUGACAUUUAAAUAUCUACUUUCUAAUGGUUUUUAUUAAAAUCUCUGUCUAUUUUAUAGUUUUCUCUAUUGUUUACAUUUGUGUUACCUGAUUGGCUGGGUAAUAUUCAAUGAAUACACGCUCUCUGUUAACAUAAUUGUCAAAAACAAGGUCAAAAUUAUUUUCUAGAUAUGCCACUGCCAGUUUGUUCUACUAAAUAAAGACACGAAAAUAUCUGACAAAAAUUACAUUAUUUUAAAUCGAAAUAUCGUUGGUUAUUCUUACAGAGAUAAAGAGUUAUGCACAAGUCAAAUCAAUUCAAAUCUCAUACAACUGAUAGAUACAGAGCACGAAUUGUGAUAGAUUUAUAAACAUCCGACGAAUUAUGAAAUUUAUAAAUGAAUAUAUGACAGCAGGUUAUCAUAUCGUAUCGAUACUGAUUAUUCGUUGUACUAAAUAUAUUUAGUAAAUUAUUGUGUAUCGAAUGAAACGGUUAAAAACCAUAAUCAAUUGUUUUGCCAAUGUGUACGUGUAUGUACGGACGUUUAACUAUUAUCAUCGAAUAGUUUUAUUGACGAGAACUCACACUAGAGGCAGUGCGAACCUAGAAAUAUUAAAAUUAUUUAUUUUAUAGAAAUCAGUGUUAAGUACAAUCGCUAUAAAUACGCGACUAUGUUUAUUUGGUUCCUCAAAUAUUGAAAUUCUGGCGCAGUGAUAAUUUUAUUGAACUUUUAUUGAAAUAUUCAAAUGUUGUUUAUGUUUUUGUGUAGAACAAUGUUUAAAUAUUUCAAAAAAUACCAAUAAUCCAGAAAUUGGACUGCGUUGGAAUUUCAUCGGCGUUUUUGUCGAAGUGGCGAUGACAUUAGCACAUUAGAUCAUCACAAGGUUGCUUGUGUAAUGCCAUCGUACAUUGAUCGCGUAGUUAUUAUUUUUACACGGAGCUAGUUCAGUACGCUUGUACAAUAUAUUUUAAGGCCGCUCGAUAAGCCACAUGUUUUAUUAUUAAUUUUUAUAUCAGCUGUCCGGACACUAGGCCAAGCGGUCAGUUUUUUCGUCAAAAUAAAUGGGCGAAUCAACUUUUUUUUUCUUUUCGUCCUGUUAGCCAGCCGACAAUUGCAGUAUACAUUAUACAAAUGUAGUGCAUAAUUGUUUUCUCGGAAACGUUCGUGUUUGUCAUGCUACUUCAGUCAACCUCAGUUAUUUUUGUACCGAGACUGACUGAAAUAGCAAGACACGUUCGUACGUUUCCGUGCAAAUAAGAUGGAAAAUAAUUAUGCACUAAAUCUGUAGUUUGUUAGAAAAAAUGUUAUACUACGUUCAACUAAUAUGCUAACAUAGAUGACCCAUUAUAUAUGGAAGGGGCUUAUAACUGCCAUAAGAAUGUGUAUUUGGUCAUUUUAAAUACAAUAAAACCAGUUUUUUAAGAGUGACCCAGGAGACCGACAAUAAAAAGUUGAUUCACCCAUAUACUGCCUUUAUGGUUCAAGUGUCCGGCUUGCUAUGGCAGCUUUACACGACUGCUGUUACACGUCUGCGAAAAUAUAUAUAAGGAUAAACAAUAUCAAUGCAAAUUAUACUCUAUCGAAAUACAUUUAAGUGUUAUUUUGCGCGGUCACGCAACAGAGUCGUGUAAGGCUGAGUCUAGUGUUAUUUGAAUGACUGCUUAGUUUGUAUAUUUUUAAAUUAAUAACUUAGCUAUAGUUACGACGUGUUCUGUUUAAAAUUUAUUACUUCGUUGAAUUGGCUUUCGGAAUUUUGAGAUGUUAAUGAAUUAUUGUUUCACGGAGAGGGUACUGGUUCUUGUAAGACAUAAUAUUAUUUGCCAUUGACAACCAUACACCAGAGAAAUAAAGAAACUAUCUUAAUACAAGAUACAAUUCCAGAUGUAUGGGUUUUUCUGAUGAACGUGCCAAUUUAUUUCGUUGUCUGGUCUGGUUAAAUUAAUGCCGAGUUUUUGAUUCAAAUAUAUUCUGCACGUUAAGCAAUGAAACCUAUAACAAUACUACAAAUAGGAAAGUCACCGUUGACAAAGGUUUUUAGUGUAAUUUUAUAAUUACACUUAAGAGCUUCUUUUCUCCGUAUUGCGUCCAUGAACCAGUAUCUUCUCCGUAACAGUUGCUACAAUGAAUUUAAUAAUCUUCCAUCGUGUGAGAGGAUCUCAUUUAACUAAACGUUUCCAUGAAGUGAAGUAUGUACGCUACAAAUGAACAAUGAAACUGAGAAUAUUUCCGUUCUGCAGCUGUGAAUAGGACUUACUUAGCGAAAUAGAAUAAGUCAGUAUACUCCGGACUGGUUGCACCGCUUUCCUUACCCAUAUGCUCUGGUUUCCUAGGAUAGCGGUGCCGUCAUAAAGCGGCCGUCUCCAUACAAAAUAAUACGGCUAUAUAAGGAUGUCGCUAUCCUAGGAAAACCGAGCUUUACCUUACUGUCAAAGACGUCAAGUGACGCGCUGCUACAGCCCAAUGUCAACCUUCGUGCAUUCUGAUAAGGUUCACGCGAUGACGCGCCGCGCACUAUAGGCGUGGCGUUCAAAAUGUUAACAAAAGAGGCUUUGAAAUCCACUGCCAUUUUAUAGAUGUACUCAUACCUCUACAUAGUAAACCUUAUUGGAAUGCAAAAAGGUAAAUAUCAAACGGUGACCCUGCGCGUCCAUGGACGUCUUGACGGUCAAAGUGUUAACAAAAUAUACAGGACACGACCCAAGACCUGUGUUUACGAAACCAGUAUUAUGCUAUUUAUAUCCAAUGGAUAAUUCUGCCAAGUAUUUUAAUACUAAACGCUACCUUUUUUACGAUAUAUUUUUAUCGCGUAUUUCUUCAACAUGUUCUAGGACUGAAAUUCUUCCGCUUGCCAGUUUUAUCCAUUAGAACUAAUUAAUCUGCUUGCCCAGUGUUAUAGGGAAACACCUAAUACUUACACAAUCCAGUGACCCGAUUUGACAGAUUUACUAAAGACACACAAAGUAUGGCCUUGCUACUUUUUUUUAAUAUAUGCUUAGAAAUGAUAAUAUCGGUCAUCCCAGAACGUAAUAUUCGCAGCCAGUUAUAAAAUCCAAAGUAAAAAAAAAUACAUGAACGUACAUUCUGUUAGUAAAUCUAUCAACUCAGUAUUACUGUACCAUUCACAUCCGACCAGUGUUCGUCGGCCAGUCAGUUCCACUAAAGCCUAGUCCAUGUCCGCGGCACGAGUGAGCCGCGCGGCGCGCGUCACGUACUUAUUGUUUCGCCUACUGUAUCAUAUAGCGUAAGUUAGUGUAUCCGGUCCAGCGGCGUGCCCACGCCCGCCCCGCCCCGCCCCGCGGGUGCACGGUGCGACAAUCGGGUGCGGAAAUAUGUGCCUUCAAUGUUAAUACAUUUUUCAUAGUUGAUGCUUCUAUUAGACUUAAGUUAACACUUGUAAAUAUAGAUGUAACGCUCCUUGGAUUCUAACUUUAUUUUUAUUUAAUUUAAUAUAACACGUUUUAAUUUAUUGCCCGUCUCAGACACAGCCUCUAAACUUCCCAGUCGAGCUCUCCUAGGUUGCUAUUGCUUCUGACAAUCUUCGAUCUAUUUAUAUUAUAAGUCUUGUCACUGCCAAUUUGUUUUUCGUGUCUAGCUCAAAUUACUCUUAUAAUGUCGAUUGCUAUCACUCUCAACUCAUGCGGACUAUUGCCUUUUUAUUUAAGAGAAGAUUAGAACUAUGCCGCGUUUAUUUAUAAAACUUUACUGAACGCAGCUGAUAUGUUUAGUGUCUGUAAUUAACGAUUAUAGUCAAUAUAAUCGAUUUAAUUUGAAGGUUGGUGUAUGAAGACGUACCCGUGUCCGUGUCUGAGAGGUAUCGUAAUGUCCAGAAUACCUACUUCUACUUGUGUUGGCGAUGGACGCUGUCAAUAAAACUUAGAUGCCGUAAAAUGGGGUGACUUUAAAAAUUCAUGCUUCAUUUAAAUAAACAUUUUUAAUGACCUAUUUGAAAAUAGAAUCUAUGGAGAUUUAUCCUGCUCAUCUGAUUUAUAGUUUUCGAGAACGGCUUAACUCACUGGUACCGUAUAAAUCAGGAAUGAACAAUGCUGCUUUCUCAUCUAAGAUUUUUCAAGUCAUCAAAUUUUACGGUAUUUGCAUUGUUUUAUGUGUCAUCUCAAAAAGUUGUGUUUAUUGACAGCGUCUCGCAUCUCUGCGAGCUUUGCGGUGACCGCGGGAAGUGUACAUUACAUUGGGCACUUUCUGUCAUACAACUACCAUUGUCAUAAGACUGUUCAUAAGAACUCAUGAUUAUCUCGAAGUUUAAAUUGUUUUUUAUGUAAAGAAAUACAGUUUUCCAUGUGUACGAACGUGAGGUGGCUCGCCGCAGUAUUGCAGAGCCCGCGGCCGCCGCGCCGCGCUUGUAGGUAACUAUUUAAUUGCUAUAAUCGGACUGUAUUAUUUUUUUAUCUAGAACGUGUAACAUUUUAAAAAAUAAACUGGAACUGUGCCAUAUA